CCCGGGUCCUGCCGUCCGCCUGCGCCUCGGUACGCCGCCGCUGCGCUCCGACCUGCCCCCUCACUCUGCCACCACAGUUCCGCCGGAGAAGGCACCCGACGACGGAACGGCAGGAAGCGAGGGGCCGCUCUGCUCCGCUCCGCUCCGCUCGCCGUGUGAUGCGAGAGCGCUCCCGCCCCCGGGGCCGACGAGAGGCGGGUGACGGCGGCAGGAGCGCGGGCGGGGCGGUGUCGCCCCGGAGGGAGCGGCGAGAGUCCCCGGCGGCGGGCGGCGGCCGCGGGCUGGAGAUGGAGGAAGGGGCAGCAGACCUGCGACAGAGAAAGAAGCAACACUGCACAGAAUCUGACAAAAUGGCUCCAGAGGAAAGAAACAAAGAAAUCUCAAAGCUGGGAAGAUCGCCAAAAUAUUUGUUAAUUCAGCGUUUUGCGAAGCUUUUCUUCGGCUGUCUCGCAGCAGUCACGAGUGGAAUGAUGUAUGCUGUGUACCUCUCAACAUAUCAUGAAAGGAAAUUCUGGUUUUCCAGCAGGCAGGAACUUGAACGAGAAAUUACAUUUCAGGGUGACAGCGCCAUUUAUUACUCAUUCUAUAAAGAACUGCUAAAGGCUCCUUCCUUUGAAAGAGGUGUUUAUGAGUUGACACACAAUAAUAAGACAGUAUCACUGAAGACAAUAAAUGCAGUCCAGCAAAUGACUUUGUACCCAGAGCUGAUUGCCAGUGUCCUAUAUCAAGCAUCUGGUAGUGAAGAAGUUAUUGAGCCAGUGUAUUUCUACAUUGGUAUAGUUUUUGGACUGCAGGGAAUUUAUGUGACUGCAUUGUUUGUAACCAGUUGGGUUAUGAGUGGGACUUGGCUGGCAGGAAUGCUGACUGUAGCAUGGUUCAUUAUUAACAGGACAGAUACAACAAGAAUUGAUUACUCCAUACCAUCAAGAGAAAACUGGGCUUUGCCAUAUUUUGCAUGUCAAGUAGCAGCCCUCACAGGCUAUUUAAAAAAAAACCUAAAUUGUUCUGCUGAGAAGUUUUGUUACCUUUUGGUGAGUGCUUCAACGUAUACCUUCAUGAUGAUGUGGGAAUACAGUCAUUAUCUCCUGUUUGUCCAGGCUGUUUCUCUUUUUCUGCUGGACAGCUUUGCCCUGGCACAGACAGAGAAGGUGCAUGAAGUAUACAAAAUAUACUUGUUUUCUCUCUUCGUGGGGUACCUUUUGCAGUUUGAAAAUUCAGCCUUACUAGUGUCACCAUUACUGAGCCUUGUAGCAGCUUUAAUGCUUUCCAGAUGCCUUCAGAUUAAUAUGAAAAAAGACACAUUUAUGUCAAGAUUGCUGAAAAUAAUGUACAUUUAUUUGGUACUUACAAUAACGGUGACACUAAACUUCUUACUGAAGAUGUUUGUUCCUCAUAAAGAAAAUGAACAUUUGUUGAAGUUCAUUGAAGUAAAACUUGGCUUAAACACAACUAAGAAUUUUACAAUGAAUUGGCUCCUUUGUCAAGAAUCUCUUCAGGCACCCUCCCAAGACUUUUUUUUGCGCCUAACACAGUCAUCACUGUUGCCUUUCUAUAUUUUAGUAUUAAUUAUCUGCCUUUUUUCUGUAACUCAGGUCGUUUUUAGGAGGAUUUGUGGUGAACCACUGAAAGAGACAGUUAAACUUGAGGAUGGUCGAAUUGGAGAGAGGCCAGAAAUAGUUUAUCAUGUAAUUCACACAAUUUUACUUGGUUGUCUAGCCAUGUGUUUGGAAGGAAUGAAAUAUCUAUGGACACCUUAUGUGUGCAUGCUUGCUGCAUUUGGUGUGUGCUCUCCUGAACUUUGGAUGACACUUUUCAAGUGGCUUCGACUAAAAGCUGUGCACCCAAUAUUGCUGGCUCUUAUUCUCAGUAUGGCUGUUCCCACAAUAAUUGGAUUCAGCUUGUGGAAAGAGUUUUUCCCUAGGAUAAUGGCAGAGCUUUCAGAACUACAAGAAUUCUAUGAUCCUGAUACAGUAGAACUCAUGACAUGGAUAAAGAGGCAGGCUCCUGUGGCUGCUGUGUUUGCAGGCAGCCCACAGCUCAUGGGUGUAAUUAGACUUUGCACCGGAUGGAUGGUGUCGAGCUUGCCUUUAUAUAAUGAUGAUGAUCUACUAAAAAGAAAUGAAAAUAUUUAUCAGAUCUAUUCAAAGAGGUCAGCAGAGGAUAUUUAUAAGAUACUCACAUCUUACAAAGCCAAUUUCCUGAUUAUUGAAGAUUCAAUUUGCAAUGAAGUGGGACCUGUAAAAGGAUGUAGAGUUAAAGAUCUGUUGGAUAUUGCUAAUGGUCAUGUGGUUUGUGAGGAAGGUGACAGUUACGCCUACUCAAAAUAUGGACGAUUCUGUCAUGAAAUCAAGAUGAACUAUUCUCCAUAUGUGAAUUAUUUUACUCGGGUGUACUGGAAUAGAUCCUACUUCGUAUAUAGAAUCAACACUGUGAUAUCCUUCCAGUCAUGAAAAAGCGUGGGAACUUCUUUUGGAGGAUUGAUUGUGAAUGAAAUUCAGUUGCAAAAUUUCCUUUUUAUUAAGGAAGUUUUUUUUAUGCAGAUACAUGUGCACACGUGCAGUGUAUUGACAACAUUAUUUUAACAAACUGGAAUUCUUUGAACUACAGAUCAACAUACACAGAUACUAUCCUUGAAGGAAACAGGAAAAUACGUCAGCUUUACAGCCUUUACAAAGUAUGACAGUCUUCCACGUUUUUGCAUCUUUUUUCCCAUUAUAAAUCAUCUUAAUCUUCAUGUAAAUGAGAUUUCUAACGCUAGUGUUAGAGAGCUGAUGUGGGUAGACUUCAGUAAAUGCACAAAAAUUAUUUAAGGAGCUCGUUUAAGUCAUAGAGCUUUUCUUUUCUGGCAAGAAAGCAAUUGGUAUCCUGCCUCUUUUCAAGUAAGUGUUUGGGGGGUUUUAGUGUUUUGUUGUUGUUGUUUUAAUUCUUCCUGUCUUCCGCUGUAAACAUUUCUGUGUUUAUCAAACACAUUCAUACAUCCUAUGUGUAGCUAUAGUGUUUACAUAAAUCAAUUAGGAAGAUUUUAUUUAAAUGCUUACCUAGAUUAAAGCACUGAUCUUUAUGUUGUUGGAGACAUGGUGAUGGAAGUGCUUAGACCCAGCAGAAGGAGUUGACAAAGCCAGAUCUUCAGUUUGGAAAGAACUUGUCUUCAGGAUUUUUUCCAUGCUUAUAUAUGUAUGUGUGUCUGCAUAUGUGUGUCUCAGCAGCCAUCAGAACAGGCCAGUAUACACCAGAAUGCAAUACUUGGCUUUAGACAAGUGUAGCAGGACAACAAGGUUUGCUAUUGAGACUUUCUGCACUUUUGUUUCACCCUCUGUGUGUGUGCUGCUGUGUGUGUGUGGGGGGGAGGGAUAAGUCAUAGUCAUGUAAUUCAUCUUAUAGUUAUAUUAAGACAGUGCCAUAACUAAAACACUAUAAUCACCACCAUUAAUAAAUAAUGAUACAUCUGUUCACAGCUAUUUUUAUACCAGCUGUGCAACUACACUGAAAUCCUUGAAAAUUUAGCAAAGUGCCCUGCAAUCUUGCUACCUUCUAAAAUUUGUCUUCCUUAUAUGGCUCCUUUUGCCUCUACACCUGUAUUUCUUAGCAGUUUAUCUGUUCAUCCUGCUUGUUGCUGGCUGGUUUACUUUCAAGAGAGUGAAUGAUGAUUUAAUUCCAACUCGGGGCUUAAUCCUGGUGUUGUGAAUGGAAAAGCCAAUAAAAGGUAACGGUUACAGAUAGACAAAAAGCCAGGACUUAAGUUGUGGAAGUUAUUUACCCAUCAGGAGUUACCUGUAGUUAUGGAUUCCAGAGACCAGUCUAUCAGACAUGUGGGACUGAUUCUUUGGAGCCCAGAUAUCCUUCUUUUAUGAAGGAUCUGGUGUAAUGGGAUGAACCUUUAACUGAAAAAUCUACAAAGCAUUCUACAAAUAAAAGCUGCAAAAUCGUCCUUACCACACAUGCUGAUAAAAUCCAAAAUCAGAGAUUUUAACUCCAAGAUUAGGAACUGCAGCACAUUGGUGUAUAUGCACAAUUCCUAUCUGCUCUAUGCAGAUACAUUUGCUUACUUUAUACUAUUAUGUAGGGCUGAGAUUUUUUUAAAACCUGUUAUCACUGUUGGAGCGAUUUAAAAGAAAAAAAGCUUUAUUGCUGUAUAAGUCAACAUGUCUGUAAUUUGUUUUAUACUUUCAGUUAUAUUUUUAGGCCUAUGAGUCUUGAUAAAUUUCUAAAUUAUGUAUUUUAUUUGAAAGCAGUGCUCAGAUAAAUCCAUUUAUACUAGGUGUGAUUGAGAGAAACAUUUAUCACCAUAACUGAGUUACAAAUUAAAAGUAAGUGUCCUUUUGGGGGAUACAGUCAUUAUGUUGUGGGUAGUAUGUGUGUUUCUGGCCAAAUGCAGUCUCCAUUUAUUUGCUUAUGCACAAGUGCAUAUACUUUACUACACUGGACUGUUCCAGACUUUUCAAUUACCAUAUAACAGCAGAAGUUAGUGUAGUAACUUGAGAUAUGACAGGCCUGCAGAAACCUUCUCUGUACGUGCUAGAAUGGAUGUAGUUGUAAUAUUUGGAAGUAAGCUUGAAGUUCCCUAUUCAAUUUAAGUUUGUUUUAAUCAUGAAUUACAUGUCUUUGUGUCAGUCAUUUACUCACCUGAAGUUAAUCACUGAUGCUUACCAUUUCAGAACAGCAAUAAAGCAUUCCAGGGAGUGAACUUCAGGGUUACAACUGCACUUGGGUGGGUGAUGUCGCACAGCUUGUGGCUUCAUGCCUUAGCCUGCCACACCAAGAUGCAAUAUUUGGCUGUCCCUGAUUGCCUGUUGUGACACACCACAACACUGUGUGUGUGUUACCACACAGAACGUAGUCUGAGUUCUUACAUGUAGAGUGUUGAAGGGAAAUCCAAACGAGGCCAUCCAUACAACUGAAGAAAACUUACCUUGUAGCAGGUUGGCCUUUACAAGUGUGUAAAUGAACGUGUUGGACUUUAUUUGAACUGUGACAUAGUUAGUGUUAGUCUUGUCAUAGUUUUUAAGAUGUAUUCUUGAUACUUCAAUUGAUUCUGCUGUAGGAGAAUCACUUAAAAUUUUUACCUUGCUUUUUAUAUUAGAAAAAAUUGUAUUGCAGCACCACUGGCACAGCAGCCUUAAGUAAUAGAAGGAGCCUUUUAUGUGGGAGAAGCGUUGCCAUUCUUCCAGUAAAAAGGCAUAAUUUUUUUAAACGAGUGACUGGAAGAAUCAUAUCUUACAAAGGAAAUUUCAAGCUUGAAUUUCUUAUCCAGUUGUGGAUAAACAAAAAUAUUAUUGUCUAUUCAAAUACCCACCUUCUGUGAAAAAGAAGCUAAGUUUAUGAUGCCCCUGAGAAGGACAGCAAUAGGGCAUACUCACAUCAGACUUGUAGACACAACUCUAGGGUGGUUUUCAGCCAGGUCACAGGUUUAACUCCAAGCACUGGGGGAACAGUUUGCAAAUUUUAAUGUGUUUUGCUGUAGAUGUUGCAAUUCAGUUGAAACAUGUGCCUUGCAAGCUUUUAUUAAACAAACAAAAAACUGAGUUUGUGUUUCUUCUUGUGAAAAUUUGGUUUGUCAAAUUCCUGUCCUUCUAAUUUCUAGAACUUCCAUUUUGUCUUAACACCCCAGCCUCCCAGGAUGCUGUGUGGGGCAGGUGGGAUGUGUGCCAGCCAUCUAACAGCUGCUCACUGGGAAGAAAGAGAAUUUGCAUAGGCAUUUCAGUUGCUAUUUGCUAGCUUAUUUCCUCCUUCACAUUUCCCAUUUCUGAUAUGCUUCAUCUUAGUAACUGCAAAAAAAUUAUCUUGAAAGUAUAAAUGGUGUGUGGUAUUUUCCAGCACUUACUUGUUAGCGUUAGACUUGUGGAUUAAAGUUUAUGUCCACAGCUAAACUGACAUGUACAGUUUCAUCUUAAUCUUGAAAAAAAUCCUCUUUCUGAGUUAUCACAUACUGGAAUUCACUUUGAUUUUCUAGGAGACCUUUGAGACUAAUUAAGCAAAGGCAUUUCAGAACAUCAGGUUUUAUUCACAGCAAAAUACUUGUUCAAUUCCUUUCCAUGUAAUAGAAAUACAAUACAGCACAGUAUAAUACAAUUUUAAAUACUAUUUCCAUUGUGGGGGCAAGGAGGAGAUACCCGAACUGGAGGGCCAAAAGGUUUAAGAGGCAUUGAAGAUUCUGAAGAUUUGCUCUGUUGGCAUUACUGUUUACUGAAAAGUAGGAGCUUCAGGACUAAACCUUGUUGUUACCACCUUAUUUUAACUAAGUCAUCUGCAGAUGUCCAAAUCUUGUGACCCUUCAUCAGAUUUCCCAUGCAAUUCCCAUGUGAAGAGAAGCUGGGAGAUAAAGUGGUAAGGACUGUAGGCUGCCUUUGAAGCACUUCUUCUGUUGUUAACUGUGUAUAACCUGUCUUUUAACCAAAAAUCUAAGAAGAAGAAGUGUAGGCUGUUUGUGUGUGUGUGUGUGUGUGUGUGUGUGUGUGUCAUUUUUGCAUUUAGAGAUGUCUGUUCUGUGAUUUGGAGAUGUAGUAAAUUCUGUUAUCACUAAUAGUGGUUGAAUCUAUACAUCUCCUAAAAAUUGACAGUCAGGUGGUGGACUUUAGAGUGCUGUGGUAUUAGAGAUGAAAGAAAAGCUGAGUGUAUUCCAGCAUAAGCAAUAUUGAAUGUGAAAUAAUACCUCAACAUAAACCAGUAUAACCAUGCCUUUAGUACACUCUUUAAAACUAAACUUGGGGGGGGUGAAGUGAAAAGCAAAACAUGCAGAGUGGUUUAUUUUAGUAAUCAUGUCUACGUCUUCAAUACAGCUAAAAGAAAAUAUCAGCUACUGCACUCUUACUACACCAAAUGCAGAGCUAGUGAUGCCUAAAGGUGUUUCUGAAUUGUUUGGUACCUCAACCAGAUGGCUAAAUGUGUAAUUAAUCUGGCAAAGUUUUCCACUUCCAUGCAGUUAAAUGUAUGUCAUUCUGCUUUUUAAGUGAUGUUUAAGGUUACUUAUUUAUUUGAUGGAAAAGAAGUGGGUGUUUAAUGCCUCUCAAGGUUUCAAAUUUUGUUACUUCUGUAAUGCAGAAGAAUUGUUGGUGGUGCUUUACUUGUUAACAGUGACAUUUAGCAGUACUGUGUAUGGCGUAUGGGCAUAUCUAUGUGCAGGUAUUUAAUAACAAAUCUAAGGAAUCUGAUUCCUUUUAUCCUGUUUAUUGUCUUGGACAGAUUUUUUUUAUCAAAACAAUGUAUACAUAGUAAA